AGUACAAAUUUAAGUUGUAGUCAUGGCAACAGUGGAGCUCUCAACAAAAUCAAAUCUUGUUUUCAAGUGAGCCUGAGUGUCACUUUUUAAACAUUUGGUUUAUAAUCUCACUAUUAGUUGAAGGAAACACUUGACAGACAUGCACAAAUAAAAUAAACUAUUCUGUACCUUGGACUAGAAAUGAUCAUGCUCAUCUUAGGAAGAUAUAUGGACAAUUUUAUUCUGUUUGUUUUUACUGCACUGACAUUCACAACUAGGAUACCAAAUCAAUGUUUUUUUUUUUUUUUUUUUUUUUUUUAUUUAAAUACUUUCUUUUAUGAUAGUGUUUAUGUCAGGCAUGUCUUGAGUGAUGAAUUAUCACUCAACUGUAGCUUCUCCUUCUUGUAGGUGAUUAGCUGCUUGUACUAUAGCCUGUCUCUCCCUGCACUCACUGUGCCAUUUCAGCCCACAGAGCACUACCUGUUUUGUAGCACACUCACAGGUUGUGACUUGCUAGUGAAGAUCGCAGGGCAUUUAACAGCUUUCAAGCCCAGUAUUGUUUUUCUUCCAGGGAGCAAUUUAGAAGAAAAAAACAAAACUAAAACGUGAUUUUUGUACUUUUGCAAUGUCUGACUUUAGUCUGCACUAACAUAUACUGUUUUUGGACUGUGAGAGACAGCAGGAGUACCACAGGAAAACCCACACAAGCAGGGAGUUAAUUUAAAGAACAUUGUUAAUAUGAGGCAACAGUCACGCACUCAUUCACUAUGCUGUCCCUGUUGUAGUACCUGUACUAUCUAUCAAUCAAUCUGCAUUUAAUUCAAUAUACCAAUUCAUUAUGUCUCUGAGUCUUUGUGUAUACUUUAAUAGAUCUAAAUCUGUUAGCCACUAAUGGUGAUUAUAUGUAGUAAUUAACUAGGCGUUGAGUUUAAUUUGGGAGACAAUGUGUGGAAAAGUUGAAGUACGGUUCACUGUAAAGUAACAGUAAUAUACUGGCAGCUGUGUUGCAAGCUUUUUGCUGUUUUUUUACAGCUCCGCUAAUGUUUUCAACUUUACAGUAUGUUACUAUAAUUGCUGAAUUCAUUGAAUUACAGUAUAUUACUGUAUUUUCUUUCUUUACAGUAGAAUACUGGGAGCAAUGUUGCCAGCAUUUUACUGUUAUUUUAAACUUCACUAUAGAUUUGUACUUGGCAGUAUCUUAUGGUUUUUUUCUAAUUGUAUUACUCAAAUUAAUUUCUGGGGCACUGUGACCGACUGGUUAGCACAUCUGCCUCACAGUUCUGUGGACCCAGGUUCAAAUCCGGCCUCCCUGUGUGGACUUUGCAUGUCCUCACCGUGCCUGUGUGGGUUUUCUCCAGGUACUCCAGUUUCCUCCCACAUUCUAAAAACAUGCGUGAUAGGUUAAUUGAAGACUCUGUAGGUGUGAAUGUGAUUGAGAAUGGUUGGUUUGUCUAUUUGUGCCCUGUGAUUGGCUGGCAACCAAUUUGGGGUGUACCCUGCCUCCCGCCCGAAGUCAGCUGAGCUAGUCGCCAGCACACCUGCGACCCUAGUGAGGAUAAGUGGUUCAGAAAAUGGAUGGAUACUGUAAUUCAUUAUUGUUAAAAUAUGCCUAUUUUGUAAAAAAGUGCUGUCGUGCUGUAUGUAUUCAAAGAAUACAUGCAGGGAAGACACUAUUUUUAUGCAAUAGGGACAUGAGUCUGAAUCCUUACACAGUUCCACUACAAAUUUGAGAACCAUAAAUCACGUCUAUAGUCAUCUUCAGGCUUCUACAUUUAUUUAUAUAUUAUUAAAAAAGACAAGUCUUUCUAAUGUCUUGGCAUUCAGGCAAUUGCCUUUUUCGUCAUGGUCAUGCAAGAUCUCCAGCUUUAGAGAAUAUCCGCUUACGUGCUUUUUGUGGUCCUUUUAUUCAUCGUAUGCUAUGGUAAUGUAAUGUUUAACUUACUAUACGACAUUGUUCAGUUUGUAUAUGUAUUUGCUUCUAUUUUGCUUUGUUUUACUCUGCUGUCUGCAGCCACCUUGGCAUUGCAAAUACCUUACCUGGGUAAGGUUCAAUACAUAAAUAAAAAAUACAUCUUGAACAGCUCUUUGUCAGUUUUUAAAUACAGCAGUGUGAAGUAUUUGUUAUCUGUAGACUUUACAUCGCAAAUAGUGUGAACAGACGGUUUUAUUUUUAUUAUUCCCCCGCGACUGACUGGCUUGGCCCAUUAGAGCGUCCCCAUCGGCCAGCCUCACGCCAGUGUUCGUCUCCUCUGGCCCGGCCAACGGAGACGCACAAGCCCGCUUAGGCUUGGAGCUCUGUUCCUUAGUGGCACCGAGUCUGUCAGCGGUUGACCUUGCUGCCGGGGUGCCAGCGAAUCUCGCCGCUGAGCCCGUGGCCUCGGCAGACCUCCCGGCGGCGAACUUCGCCACCUUGUCCGACGCUGGGGCUUGUCGCCUGGCCGAAGCGGCGACGUAAGCUCUGCUCUCUCAGCCUGCUCCUUGUCCACCAAGUCCUGCUCACCGGGAAAAUGUAAAGAUUGCUGUUUGGAAGCCUCACGCCCCUCAGCCCCGGCCGAGGAAGACGCACACACCCGGUUGGGCUCGGACCUCCGCUUCUUAGCGGAACCGAGUCGGCCAGUGGCAGACCUUGCCGCCGGGGCGGCGGCAGAUUUUGCCGCGGGCCUGUGGCGAGGUCCUCCGCCGCGAGGUCUGCCACCACCACGCUCAAUUGGUGAUUCGAAGUUUUGUUUCUCAAUGUAUUUUAAUCCUCUUACUUAGAGCCUUGCGUAACGUGACAUAAUGGCGGCUCUGUGAAUGAAAAAGUAAACUCCUACAGAGGUCUGUCAACCAAUCAACGUUCGUCAGCACAGCCCGUCCCCUCAAAGACUUCCCGGUAGCUCUGGGAAGACCCUACCUGCUAGGAGGAACAAAAUAAUCCAGGGGGAACCUUCUGUACCUGGGUAGUUUUUUCGGUGGGGACACGGGGAACUCAAGCUACCAGGGUAGCUAGGGAAGUUCCUGCAAAGGUUCCUGCGGUGGGAAAGCCCCUGUUGUACGUAGCUCUGUAAACCACAUGUGGUCACUACUUGCAGAGUCCAGGGGUAUGGGACUGUGUACUCAGACUUAGUGAUAGUAAAAUAAAAGUAUGCAAGUAAUGAAACAGUACCCGACAAAUAAAACAUAUUGUCACUUGUCUGAUUUCACCACAAUGGAGUGGAUUCGGAUGGAUGACGACUUCGCAUGUGAGACGUGACCUAGACUCCCAGCCUGCAUGUGUCCAUGAAAUAACGAGACAUCACCUUGUGCUCCAGACCAGUUCCGAUGUAGGAAUGGACGCUGUAUUGGUCAGAGGAAGGUGUGCAAUGAGGUUAACGAUUGUGAAGACGGGACUGAUGAACUUCCCCACCAUGAAUGUCGUCCACGCUCCAGUGACGGCAACUGCAACCAGAAUAACGGCGGUUGCUCCCAGAAGUGUCAGAUGGUCCGAGGACUGGUCCAGUGCACCUGUCACACUGGAUACCGACUGAUGGAUGACGGCAGAUCAUGCCAGGAUGUGGACGAGUGUGCUGAAGAAGGCUACUGCAGUCAGGGCUGCACCAACUUAGAGGGCGGCUUCCAGUGCUGGUGUGUUCAUGGCUAUGAGCUGCGGCCCGACAAGCGCAGCUGCAAGGCGCUGGGUCCAGAGCCGGUUCUUUUGUUUGCCAAUAGAAUUGAUAUCCGUCAGGUUCUGCCACACCGCUCUGAGUACACACUGCUGCUCAACAACCUUGAGAACGCCAUCGCUCUUGACUUCCAUCACAGCCAAGAGCUGGUUUUCUGGUCAGAUGUGACGUUGGACCGUAUCAUGAAGGCCAACCUCAAUGGGUCCAAUGUGGAGGAGGUUGUCUCCACUGGCCUGGAAAGCCCAGGUGGGCUGGCCAUUGAUUGGAUCCAUGACAAAUUGUACUGGACAGACUCUGGGACAUCCCGCAUUGAGGUGGCCAACCUGGAUGGGACUCAUCGCAAGGUGCUGCUGUGGCAGAACAUGGAAAAGCCCCGGGCCAUUGCGCUGCACCCUAUAGAAGGUAAGAUCUACUGGACUGACUGGGGCAACACGCCUCGCAUCGAGUAUGCCAAUAUGGACGGCUCGAACCGACGGGUCAUUGCCGACACGCACUUGUUCUGGCCAAAUGGCCUUACGAUCGACUAUGCUGGCCACCGCAUGUACUGGGUAGACGCCAAGCACCAUGUCAUCGAAAAAGCCGAUCUGGACGGACGCAAUCGUAAAGCUGUCAUCAACCAAGGUCUGCCUCACCCAUUUGCCAUAACUGUGUUUGAGGACAGCCUCUAUUGGACCGACUGGCACACCAAGAGCAUCAACAGUGCCAAUAAAUUUACUGGCAAAAACCAAGAGAUUAUCCGUAACAAACUGCACUUCCCCAUGGAUAUCCACACCUUGCACCCCCAGAGGCAACCUGAAGGAGGCAAGAACCGCUGCGGUGCCAACAAUGGAGGCUGCAGCCACCUAUGUCUCCCUGGCAACAAGACAUACACCUGUGCUUGUCCAACUGGUUUUAAGAAGGUGGACCACAACAACUGUGCUAAUAGUCUUGACAAGUUCCUGCUUUUUGCCCGAAGGACGGACAUCCGACGAAUCAGCUUUGACACAGAGGAUAUGUCAGAUGAUGUCAUUCCUCUGGCUGAUGUGCGCAAUGCUGUGGCACUGGACUGGGAUGCCAGAGACGGCUACAUCUACUGGACUGAUGUUACCACGGACUCCAUCAACAGAGCGCUGUGGAAUGGCAGCAAGCAGGAGGUGGUGGUGGACACCAGUCUGGAGAGUCCAGCGGGUUUGGCUAUUGACUGGGUGACCAACAAACUCUAUUGGACCGAUGCUGGUACAGAUCGUAUUGAGGUUUCUAAUGCAGAUGGGAGCAUGCGGACUGUGCUUAUAUGGGAGAACCUUGACCGGCCCAGGGACAUAGUUGUUGACCCAGUUGGAGGUUUCAUGUACUGGACUGACUGGGGUGCCAACCCAAAGAUUGAACGUGCAGGCAUGGACUCUUCAAGUCGCAUAGUCAUCAUCUCUUCCAACUUGACAUGGCCCAAUGGACUUGCUAUUGACUAUGAGACUAAACGCCUGUACUGGGCGGAUGCUGGCAUGAAGACAAUCGAAUACGGGAACUUUGAUGGUUCUGACCGACAGGUUUUGAUUGGCAGUCAGCUACCUCACCCCUUUGGCCUGACUAUACAUGAAGACAUGUUAUACUGGACAGAUUGGCAGUCUAAGAGCAUCCAGAGUGCUAACAAGCUCACUGGCUCGGGACGGUACACGCUUGCGGAAAACCUGGAGAACCUCAUGGAUAUUCACAUGUUCCAGAGACACCGGAAAACAGUACACAACUCGUGUGCAGUGAAUAAUGGAGGCUGUAGUGACCUCUGUCUCCUGGCCCCUGCUCCCAAAGCCUACAGCUGUUCUUGUCCCACUGGCAUAAACCUUCAAGCAGAUGGAAAGACCUGCACACCUGGGAUGAGCAGCUUCCUGAUCUUUGCACGGAGGACGGACAUUAGAAUGGUGUCUUUGGACAUUCCUUACUUUGCUGAUGUGGUUCUUGCGGUCAACAGUUCCAUGAAAAACACGAUUGCUAUCGGAGUCGACCCACAAGAUGGAAAGGUAUAUUGGUCAGACAGUACACUUAAAAAAAUCAGCAGAGCCAACAUCAAUGGAACUGCUGAUGAAGACGUAAUUUCUACAGGAUUGAUGACAACUGAUGGCCUGGCAGUAGAUGCAGUAGGCCGAAAGAUUUACUGGACUGACACAGGAACCAACCGGAUAGAAGCUGCCAAUCUGGAUGGUUCCAUGAGGAAGGUUCUGGUGUGGCAAAACCUGGACAGCCCUCGUGCCAUUGCCCUUUAUCACGAAAUGGGUUAUAUGUACUGGUCCGACUGGGGAGAGCACGCUAAGCUGGAGCGCUCAGCAAUGGAUGGGUCAGAACGAGUGAUCCUCAUCAAUAACAACCUGGGAUGGCCCAAUGGUCUUGCUAUAGAUAUGGCUGGUUCACAACUAUUGUGGGCUGAUGCUCAUACUGAGCGCAUUGAGGUGGCCGAUCUGAAUGGCCAAAAUCGCCACACCCUCAUAACACCUGUCCAGCACCCAUAUGGUUUAACCCUCUUGGGAUCCCACAUCUAUUGGACUGACUGGCAGAGCCGCAGCAUCCAGCGGGCAGACAAGAAUUCUGGUGCCAACACCAUAACUGUACGUGCCAACCUACCGGGACUGAUGGACAUUCAGGCCGUGGACAGAGAGAGGGCUCUGGGAUUCAAUAAGUGUGGCAGGAAGAACGGUGGCUGCACUCACCUAUGCCUGCCUCGUCCCAAUGGUACUUCUUGUGCUUGUCCCACGGGCGUCCUGCUCAAGGGAGAUGGUAGAUCAUGUGACGACUCCCCCGAAACCUUUCUUCUCUUCUCCAACCGUGUCAGUGUGCGAAGGAUCUCAUUGGACACUAAUGAUCACACAGAUGUGCACGUACCUGUGCCUGAGCUUCACAAUGUCAUUUCGCUAGACUAUGACAGUGUAGAUGGAAAACUGUACUACACUGACGUCACCUUGGAUGUGAUAAGACGUUCAAACCUUGAUGGCAGUGGCAUGGAGACUGUAAUCAGCCAGGGCCUAAAGACCACAGAUGGGCUGGCCGUGGACUGGGUGGCCAGAAACAUGUACUGGACUGACACCGGACGAAACACCAUUGAGGUGGCACGUAUAGACGGAACCAGCCGCAAAGUCCUUGUCAACAACAGUUUGGAUGAACCCAGAGCCAUUGCAGUGUUCCCAAGCAAAGGGUUCCUAUUCUGGACCGAUUGGGGUCAUAUCGCAAAGAUUGAGCGAUCCCACCUGGAUGGCACAGACCGCAAAGUUCUAAUCAAUACUGACCUGGGCUGGCCCAAUGGACUCACAUUAGACUAUGACACACGGAGGAUUUUUUGGGUUGAUGCCCACUUGGACAGGAUUGAGAGUUCUGACCUGAAUGGGAAACUGCGUCAGAUCCUCGUUAGCCCAGUUUCCCACCCCUUCGCCCUAACACAGUUGAAGCCGGUGUCCUCCCCUCUAACCCCUUUCUCCCGACUCUCGCAGCAAGACCGUUGGAUUUAUUGGACUGAUUGGCAGACUAAGUCCAUCCAGCGGGUGGACAAACACACUGGCCGUAACAAGGAAACUGUCCUGGCCAAUGUUGAGGGCCUUAUGGACAUUAUCGUGGUAUCACCUAACAGGCAGACAGGUACAAACCUCUGUGGUGUGAACAAUGGAGGCUGCACUCACCUAUGCUUUGCCAAGACCAACAGUUUUGUCUGUGCGUGCCCAGAUGAGCCAGACGGACGACCAUGCUCAAUCAUUGCAGGCUACAUCCCCACUUCUCCCAGCAGAGAAACCAGCAGCACCCCUGUCCCUAAAGCUCCAACAGAAACCUCCCAAAGAGGACCCCCGGUGGUUAACUGCACUGACAAUAACCUAAAUGUAGAAGGGUGCUUACAGAGUAAUGUGGUUACUGCUCCCCAUGGUGAAGGACUACAUGUCAGUUAUGUGAUUGGUGGAGUUUUGACUAUACUGACUAUUCUGAUUCUCAUCGUUGCUUUGAUUAUUUACAGACAUAAAAAGUCAAAGUUUGCUGACCCAGGAGUUAGCAACCUGACCUACAGUAACCCUUCAUACCGGACUUCCACACAAGAGGUCAAGAUUGAGGCCUCCCAGAAGCCUCCGAUAUAUAAUCAACUUCGAUAUAAGAAAGAGGGUGGUGUGGACGGAGGGUACACUAAGGAGAAGAUCCGUAUCGUGGAGGGUGUGUGUCUUCUGUCCACUGAGGAGCUUUACUGGGAUGACCUCAAACAGAUUAAGCCAUCACGAGGGGGCCUGCACACCUGCAUGCGCACAGACACUGUUUCGCUGCAGGCAAGCAGCGCUUCACUGGAUGAUGGCGAGACGGAACAACUCCUUCAGGAGGAGGUGUCGGAAUGUUCCUCCAUAACCACCCUGACCCCAUCAGUCAUCACCCCUCAGCGUCACGCCCAGCACAGCCUGCCAGACACCGGCUGGAUGUCCAUGCGCAAGCCCUCCACUGAGAGUGAAGUGUGAGGGGGGCCUUUGUGCUUUAUAUCUAUCAACCUCAAUUGCAAAAACACGCAAACACGUCUGUAUUUUUAGCUGGUACAGACAUAGACGAUUCAAGGUACUAGCGGAGAUGCAUAUUUAGUCAAAAUCAAACAAGUUCCUAACUGAACUCUUUAUCUGAAACUAGGGCUCCGUCCUACUUGUACACAGAUACAUACACAGGCCGUCAUAGUAGCCUACUGUGGUAAAAUAGUAAACAAACUGGUAAACUAAUUAGUAUGCUGGAAUAGGUAAAAGCAAAGGACUCUUGGGAGGAAGUGACCAGAGAUACAAACACUAAAAGGAUGCAGACUCUCAUUGUGACAUGUCUGUACUACAUCACCGCUUUUGGGGGAUUUGUUUUCUCCUUGGAUUCAGCUGAAUCAACAUUCUCCCAGGACUCUGUAACUAUGUUGCCCUAAAACCACUCAUCUCUUUAUGAACUCUAUUUAUGAAUUUUUGUACUUCUAAGUGGGCUUUCAGACUUUCACGGAACAGUGAGUGUUGUGUUGAGCUUUGUGCAGCAGGUAUUCAAGUGUUGUAUUUAUGACAGUGCCAAAGGGUGGGGCUUUACCAAGUCCCCAUGCUUCUUCUUGCAUUUACACAUCAAUGGAAAGGUGUCACAAUUUGAAAUUUGUUUCAUUUCAAAAAAGUAGAAGCCCUUUGUGGUAAUGUUUUCUUUAACAAGCCAAGCAGAUAAGAUUUACCAGGGAACUCUUCAGUUGAUUGCACAAGUGUAUUUCCGCAAAUGCUGCCUAAAAGGUCCUUAAGUCGUAAUUUAACCAUUGCUCAUCUUUAGACUGAGCUAAGGAAGUUGCAGUGGUGUAACAGCCAAAGUGCCAGAUCGUUUAUCCAUCUACCAUUCUUAGAAGCUGUAAAAAAAAAAAAAAAAAAAAAGUUUGAUUGAAUGAUUGAUUCAACCAUAUUACAAGAAAUAUGUUCAUGUGGCCAUGGUGUAGUUGUGCUUAUAUACAUACACACACACACACUGUAUGUGUGACAAGUUAAAAGAAAAGCACACAAAGAUACAGAGUCCGUAAAGGCAGAACGCAUGCGAUACAAAGCAGAAAUCUUUUCUGGCAGUACAUGCUUUGGAAGUUUGUGCUUUACUUUGUCAUAGCCAGAAAGUCUGGUAUAGAUACUGACAAAAUGUAAUAUUAGAACAAUUAUUUCAUCGGUUAUUUGUCCCUGCAAUUUUUUAACCAUAUUCACAGCACUUACAGGUAUGAUUGUAAUGUGAAACUCCUUGAUUUUAAGAAUGUUACAAAAAUAUCUCAACUCAGCCAAUUAGUUUUUUAGAAUUAAAGUGUUUUAUUGUAACUGCAUCUAGCACACCACUAUACCAAACCCUAAACUGCUCCUAUAUCAUUUUUCUAAGGCUGCUAAAAUAUAUGCAGUGUAUGCUGUAUAUAUCUACAGUAUAUGCACACACAUGGACAAAAUUGUUGGAAAGCCUCCGUUAAUGAAAGAAAACCCCACACAGGUCAUAGAAAUAACUUGAAUCUGACAAAAGCAAUAGAUGAAAAAUUAAUGAAAUUUUUUUUUUUUUAAUAAACUCAUGAAACAGGCCUGGACAUAAAUGAUGGUAUUCUGGUCACUCUGGACUGGAGCAAACUGCUCCAGUUGUCUCGGGUUUGAAGGAUGCUUUGUCCAGACCGCAUGUUUCAGCUCCUUCCAUAGAUAUUCAAUAGGAUUUAGAUCAGGGCUCAUAGAAGGCCACUUCAGAAUAUUUUGCUUUUAGCCAUUCUUGGGUCUGUUUAGCGUGUGUUUUGGGUCAUUAUCCUAUUGCAACCAAGCUUUCUGACACUGGGCAGCACAUAACUCUCUAGAGUACCUUGAUUGUCUUGAGAUUUUUUUGUACCCUGCACAUAUUCAAGACACCCUGUGCCAGAUGAGGCAAAACAGCCCCAGAGCAUAACAGCCUCCUCCAGGUUUCACAGUAGGGGCAGUGUUCUUUUCUUUUCUUCAUUUUUGCAUCUGUGAACAUAGAGCUUAUGUGUCUUGCCGAAAAGUUUAGGUUUUGUCUCAACAUGCAAUUUGGCAAAUUCCUGUCUCACUUUUUUUUUUUUUUUUUUUUUUUUUUUUUUUUUAAUGUGUUUCUUCCCCUCAACAGUGGUGUCCUCCUUGGUUGUCUCCCAUGAAGUCCACUUUGGCUCAAACGACGAAUGGUGUACCUUGACCUUGGAGUUCACCGUUAAUUUCUUUGGAGGUUGUUCUGGGCUAUUUUGUCACCAUUCUUAUUAUCCAUCUCUUCAAUUUGUCAUCAAUUUUCCUCCUGGGGCACAUCCAGGGAGGUUGGCUACAGUACAGUGGCUCUUAAAAUCUUUGAAUAAUAUAUGCAGUUGUAGUCACAGGAACAUCAAGCUGCUUGGAGAUGGUCUUACAUCCUUUACCUUUAACGUACUUGUCUAUAAAAAAAAAUUCUAAUCUGCUGAGACAACUCUCCUUCACUUCCUCUGGUCUAUAUUUAGUGUGGUACACCCCAUGUCACCCUUUAAAUAGGCCGACUGACGGAUUACAAGUUGGGAGACACCUGUAAUGCUAACUUGAGGACACACAUUGUUUGAACAUGUCCCUUUCCUAGGGGUAACAUCCUAUUUGUCCAGGCCUGUUUCAUGAUUUUUUUUUUAAUAAUGAGAAUUCUGUUGAGCUGCAAUUAAAAGCAAUGUCUGAUUUUCAUUGAUUAAUUUUCCUUACAUUUUUUAUGUAUUAUUAUACACACACACACACAUAUAGUUGUUUUGGCAUGAAAUAAACCUACCACACUUUCUUAACUGAACCUGAUUGAUUGAAUAUAGUGUUUGGCAAUAUUAAGUUGAAUAGAUUAAUAUUAGCAUAUCUUCCACCUGUGCAAUUUUCUAUUAAGAUCUCUUAUGACACGAAAGGAGAUUGACGCAUAAAUCACAAAAUAUGUGUAUCUGCUUUGCCAAAACAAUAUCUGGAGUUUCAUUUUAUUUUUUUGGGUCAACUCCAAAUCUGCAAUUUAAAAAAAAGUGCACUUGCAGUAUCUGCAACAGUAGUGUAGCGUAAUUUAGAAACACUGCAAGAUGGACCAGUGAGGGUUGUAGUUUAGCAGCAUAGUGUAUCACUUUAAAAGAUUCAACCUACAGCUGUCAUGCAUUGCUUUACCUUUUAAAAUGUUUUUUACCUGUGUUGAUGGCAAGACUACAGUAUAUUGCUACUUAGACAACGAUGUUUAUAGAACCAUGUAUUUUGAAGACUGCUAAGAGCUCAGCGACUUGCUGUUUUGCUGCUAGACAAAGCACUGAAGCCAAUGAAAGAGGAUCUUGGCAGCUACAGAACUAGUCUCUGACAGUUGGUUGACAGCCAGCCUACAGAGUUUGAUAGUGACCCAAUUUAUCUUCAUCCCAGCUCACAGUCCCUCCAAGUCUGCUGCAGGAAUGCUAUAACUGUACAAAUUGUAUCUCGCGGAUAUGACAUUUCAGUUGAAGAUACUGUUUUGAUUGAGCUGUAUAGUCUUGUACAAAGGGAUUUCAUGACUGUAAUUAGAAUUGUAUUAAUUUUACUCACUGGAGAUGUAUUUUUUUUUUCCCCCACAUUUGCUGGAUUAUUUUAACCACUGUUUCCAAGCCUUGUAAAUGAUAGGGAAUAUGCCAUUUAUUUAAUAGUCCCCCUUUAUGAAAUACUGGUCGCAUAUAGUUGUAAAGUUAACAAUAAGAGGUAUUUAUGAUUUGUUUGGUUGUCAUUUGUUGUGUAAAUAUGAACAGACUGUAUAUGUAUUUCCAUGGCAGUACUAACAAGCUGUGUUGUGUGAUAGUGCAUUAUCCCUUUGCUAUCUUUUAAUAUAAAACUGCAUUUCAAUGAAA